AUGAAAAUCAAGAAGUCAUCGAAAGUUGUUGCCAAGCCAAUCAAGAAAUCAGCGAAGAAAGCGGAUGCACAUCCCAAGCAGAAAAAAAUAACAGAAAAGAAAGUCAAAGCUGAUUCUAAGCCAGAAGAAAAGAUUGAAAAUGAUAGUGGUAACGAAGAUAGUGCGGAUGAAAUGGAAACAGGGAAAAAUCAUUUAUCCGGAUUAAAAAAAAUUCAAGCUCAAGACCCAGACUUCUUCAAGUUCUUACAAGAAGAGGAUCCAGACCUUCUCGAAUUUGAAGAAUCCGACAUCGAGAAUGAAGAAGAAGAGGAAGACGAAGAUGAGGAAGAAGAAGAAGAAGAAGAAGAAGAGGGUAAGCUAAAGAGACCAAAGGCGAAGAAAGAUUCAACACAAAGACUGAUAUUUGAUGGAAAUCAGUUCAGCUAUCUCCAAUCCAUAUUUGAUCCAGAAGAUGAAUCUAAAAAGAUAAAACCGUCUACACAAGAUUUGAAACUAGCCUUAGAUGCAUUCCUAGCCUGUAUUUCUCGUGUUGGAGCCGAUAUGGAUGUGCCUAAAUAUGUCAUUAACGAGCAGCCUCUUUUUGAUGCAACUAUAAGAUUGAUCUUCCAAUCAUUAGGAGAUUUCUUCUUAUGUAGUUUAACAAAAGCUUCGAGCGGUAUUGAGGAAGGAGGGAAGGCUGAAAUUGUUCCUGUCAGUAUGAAGAAUAUUAACUUCAAGAAAUAUAGAGAGUAUUUGAAAGUGUACUUGGAUGGUCUCAUCAUGUUCUUGAAUGAAGUACAGUCUGAUGCAGUUAUUAUUUCUACAUUGAAAGCUAUUCUCAAGUGCUUGUCUCUUUUCCCACUCUUUAAAAAAUUGAGCAGAAACUUGGUGAAGGUUGUUGAGCGUGUUUGGUCACGAAAACCAAUCGAAUGUCGUGUGGUAGCAUAUUUUUGCUUAGCUAAAUUAUGUAAGAUUUCUCCGGAUAGUUAUACUCAUAUCUACAAGUCAUGCUAUCUUGGUUUCGUGUCUAAUUCGCGUGAAGUUUCAAUGGACACUUGGCCUCUUCUGCAGUUCAUGCACAGAACUUUCUCGGAAAUAACACUGAUCAACCCUGAAGCAGCUUAUCCUUAUGCCUUUGUAUAUAUCAGACAAACAGCCAUUCAUCUGAGAAAUGCCCUAAUUUCUAAGAAGAGAACGGAUAUGAUGCAAACUGUUUAUAACUGGCAGCUCAUUCAGUGCUUGUUCUUAUGGGUACGUGUAGUAUCCAAAGCUCAUGAGAUGAAUGGUGCGGAAUCAAUUUGUGAGCUAGUUUACCCGCUCACUCAGAUUAUCAUAGGAGUCUCCAAAUUGUAUAUUUCACGAAGAUUCUUACCUCUUCGAUUUCAUUGCGUUACCAUGCUCAUUCAAUUACAAGCUAAUUGCACGACGUAUAUUCCAACUUUUGAGUUAGCAGCAGAAAUUAUGCCGCUUAUUGAAAUUCUUCUACGUAAGAAACCGAAAGUCAGCAAAGUGAAAGUUCAAUAUAAAGACUUAUCCUGUCUGUUGAAGGUUUCACAACAGCAGUUUGAUGAUCCCAUAGUCCGAAGUGACAUUUGUCAAACCCACUUCCGUUUAAUGCUCCAGUCUGCUCAUUUGUUAUGCAAUCAGCCUAGUUUCGCUGACUUAGCCCAACCCAUUGUGAACCAGAUGAAAGUCUUCCUGAAGAAUAUUCGUUGUGCAGAUUCACGAAGACUUUACAAAGGUCUCUUGGAGAAAGUUGAAGCACAUUCCAAGUUCGUCACAAACGCUGUUGCAGCAGUGGAUAUCGAACUAAAAGAUGAAAUGAAUGUGAGAGCGCUCAAGCUCAAAUUGAAUACACCUGAGUCUCCACUUCGAGUAUACUACAGACAGUGGGAGAAGAUUUGGAAGUUAAAGCAAACGUCUCAAACUCAGACUAAGACGGUAGAAAAAGAAGCAGAGAAAGAAAACAGAAGUUCCGAGAAAGAGAAGACUGCGAAACCUAAGAAAAGAAAGGUAAAGAUUGCACCAGCUGCAUCGAAAGCAGACGCGACGAUACCGGACGCCUUGGAAACAUUGAGCUCUUGGAGCGAUGAUGAAUAG